GCUCCUUCUCAACUGUUCCUACCACCGAAAUGUUCGGUUUGCGAUGAAUUCGUCCAUCCUAUAGGGAUAAGAGUGGUGAUUGAGACGUUAGCAUUACGACUGAAAUGUAAACAAAUUGUGUGACCGUUCUGAAUUUAGGAAGUAUUUCUGAUAAUUUAGAAGCAAACAGCUGUAGAGAGAAUUGUAAUCGAUGAAUUGUUUUUAAAGGGAAGGAUGAGCGUUAAUUCUUGUUCCCAUUUGGACAGUGUUCCUGAAGCUUUAGAGUGUUAUAAUGUUGUACUAGGCUAUUAUGUUACUUGCAUAGCCAAAAGAGCGUCUGAAAGGAAAGCGGUUGACGCAUAUUGCCGUAUCUGUAACUCAGCCCAUAAAAAAUUACAUGCAUGUUUAGAAUGCGCAUUUUUUGGUUGCUUUGAUUUUGAAGAUGGAAAAAAUAGUCAUAUGGAAGAUCAUUCCAAAAGAUAUCGACACUAUUUUGCUAUCAAUAUAAACCAUGGCUCAUUAUUUUGCUUUAAGUGUAAUGAUUAUAUUUAUAAUGAAAUCUAUGAUGAUUCUCUCACUGAAUUCAAUUUAGAAGCCAGAAAAAUGAAUGUCAUUCGAACUUACAUGCCUUGGAAGCCUAAGGCAAGAGAAAUAGCUGCCCUACCAAACCCUGUUGUAAAAAUUGCAGAUGAUUCAUAUUUUGGUUUAAGAGGUAUAGUGAAUAUUGGAAAUAGUUGCUAUAUUAACUGUAUUGUCCAAGUAUUGAUGCACACUCCUGUGCUGGUAAAUUUUUUUUUCUCUGAUGCGCACAUAUGUUCUGCAAAAGAUUCUUGUCUUUUAUGCGAGUUGUUUCAUAUGUUCCAGGAGUUUUACUCUGGUAAAUCGAUACCAUAUGAUCCAUCAGAACGAUUUUUUUUUACAUUGCAGAAGUUUUGUAAGCAACCUCUUGGAAUGGAACAGCAAGAUUGUUAUGAAUUAUUGCAAGAAAUUCUAAUUGGACUUCAUGCUAAUUGUCCAAAAAAGGAUAGAGCAGAUUGCAAUUGUAUGAUUCAACAGAUAUUUUAUGGAAUGACUCAAGGCUUUAAAGAAUGCCAGCAUUGUAAUGAUUCAUCAUCAUUGCCCCCUGAUUAUUUCAUGGAUAUCCUGCUGGAUUUAGAUAGGGAUGAUGACUCUCUUGUUAAUGUUUUGAGUAGAAAAUAUUUGGAACCGCAUUUGUUAUCUGACUAUAAGUGCUCAAAUUGCCAACAAACUGACACAACAUAUUUACACCAACAUAUUAAAAAACUUCCUACUGUUAUUUGCUUCCGCAUGAAUUGUUUCCUCUUGGAAUCAGACCAAAAAGCUUCUGCUCGGCCCAAAAACAGAAAAAUACAGAAGAAAUCGACUGCUUUUACAUUUGAAGAGUAUAUAAAUAUGUCACCAUAUUUAAAUUCAGAAGCUAAUGGUAAUGCAUCUUCUUCUGAUAUACUUGAGGAUAGAUAUCGUUUGUUUGCCGUUAUAUUUCAUAAAGGUACUUUACAAGGUGGACAUUAUGCAGCAUAUAUUCGACACAGGCUUAAUAGAUGGUAUGAAUGUGAUGAUAGAUUUAUUUAUAAACGAAGCUUGGAACAAGUUCUUCAGUGUGAACCUUUUCUUUUAUUCUAUCAGAGAUUAUACUGUUGCCUUAAAUCCAAAUUCUUUCCAUUGUUGCAUGAAAUAUUUAAUCAUGCGGUUUUUUCCCAUUGUUGAAAGCAUUAGAAGAAGGAGUCUGUUUAGUAUGAAUUUAGAUUGAAAGAUGAUGGGGAAAAGAUUGAAGUUACCAUAUCCUGAAAUUUAGAAGAUAAAUGAACUGCAUAUUUAUGUUUUUAAUUGCACUGUGAUGUCAUGCGACUGAUCUCCAUUAAAAAGAUUCAGACACAGUAUGAAUGAACAUAUGUUAAAUAGUUAAAAAUAACAUGAUUUAAAUGUUUGAUAAUUGAACAGAAUCGUGGACCUGAAGUUAUAUCUCAUCAGUUUAUUUGAAUGAAAUAUAACUAAUUUUCCCAGCAAGCCUAUCUGUUGCUAGAAGUGACUACUUAUGAAUAAUGCAUCAAUUUUAACAAAAUAUUUUAGUUGUUUGGUGAUUAAUUCUGGGGCCUACUGUCAGACACAAGUAUCAUAUUUUCUUUGAAAUUUCAAUGUAAAAGUGUUGGCAUAAAAGUGACUUCACUUUGUAUCACUGAAAAGCUGAAAAUUUGUAAUGUGAAAAUUUUGUGUGUGAAUAAAAUACUCUG